AUGGAACACAUCGCACAUCUCGUCACUGGGUUGUGCUAUGCGCCGGCAGGCCUACUUUAUGGCUAUCUAUUGGUUUUGCCCAUAGCGGCGAACAAAAGUGUCGCUUGUCUGUACGACGAAACAUUGUACUGGCCACACAUCAUCAUGAUCAUCGCCAUGAUCAUCACCGUUCUGGUCACAAACGGAUUAAAGCUUAAUUAUGGCAAAACGCAGUUUGUCCAUCUGUAUCUAAACCUGGCCGCAGUAGUUAUUGCCCUCGCCGUAGGUCUCAUUUUUCUUCUGGUUGAAGAUGUUGUCCCAGCAAUUUAUUUGGGUGCCGUUUCGGUUGGCUUAACACUAGUACCGGGCCUGAGCUAUCUGCAUGUGCGAUGUAGAAAGCGCCACCGGGUGACCUACAUGUCAUUGUGCACGUUUUGGUACCUGGUUGGUAUAGCCUCUUUGGCGACCAUGUCAGCGAUGGAUCACAGCAACCAGGAUACCCUGGACGAUACAUACGAGCACCAGUUGCACCAAAACCUGGCGAUCUCGCUGCUGGCGUGCAGCGCACUCUUAAUCACGUUGAUAGCGCUGGUGGAGAUGCUGCAGCGCGAAGCAUUCAUCAACUACCGGAAGCCGCUGGACUAUGACACGGCUAUAGCGCACGACAACGGAGAGCUGCUGAAUCGCCAGCAACGGGCGCCGUUCACGUUUUUGCGCUUCGGACACAGCGCGGCACCGUUUGGAGGCAUCUCCUCGGAACACAUUGUGGGCCCUUCGAUCAACCACUGGGGAGCCAGCCGAUACCGAACGCUGUGGACUGUGUACAGUAUCGCUACGAAGCUGAUCGGUUUGCUGGCCUUCUAUUGGGUGCUGCUCUUUCUCGGCUUCCAGGCGAGUGUGGACUUGUUCGAGCAGUCCGAUGCCUGGUAUGUCGUGUUCUGGAUUAUGGUGGCUGGAGCGCUGUUUACUACACUGGCGACCGCCAUGCUCUCGACGAAGAUAUUGUUCCUGUUCACCUCCAUUUUCUACGUAAUCAGCCUCGUGUUGAGUAUUGCGUUCUAUGCGUCCGAUCUGCUGCCACUCCACUUUGGCAUCGCCAAGCUGGUGUUUUUUGCGUUCAUCGGCGCAACGCUGCCGCUGCCGGCCAUCAACAUUCUGGAACUGGCACCGCUCAACUACAACGAAACAGCGCUAGCCUUCGGCACCACCCUGGAGCUGCUAGCGGUAGCCCUGCUCCAGUACUACGGCAGUUUCGACGGGAAGCUGUUCGGUAUGGAAGAGGUAGGCGCUAUCGGUAUCGAUGUGCAGCUGGCCUCAAACCACACAGACAUUAUCAUAGUGCACUACGUGGUGGCCAUCGUCCUAGGUCUCGGAUUUGCCAUCAUCGUGCUGUGGCACAUGCCGGUUACACAUCGCAAGUCGCUGCCCGAGAUCGAGAGCGACCUUGGGCAGAUGCGUUCCUACUUUGCCUUCAGUCGCAGCAUAGUUCCAGUGCACGGGCCAGCCACCCAGGCAAACGGUGUGGCGCGCAACGGCGAUAUCGAUGCACCUGGCAACAACAACCUGUCCAUGGCACAACCAAUACCAACGGCCAGCGAACAGCGGACGAUGGAGCUGGAUGAUGAGGCGAGCCAAGCUAGCACGCGGAUGUCUAACCGGUUUACCGAAUUCGGCGCCAAAUCCCACGAGCCGCACGAAGUACAGUAUGACGACGGCCCGGGCAGUCCGUUCAAUGACUUCGAUUUGGACGACGGCCACAUGGCCUCGGUGUACGGGGCGAAGAACGUUGUGGACAGCCCGUACUCACAUGGUACUGCUGCAUCGGACAGGCCUAACCUACUCUACCCAGUGCACCAGAACCAGCGGGCACUCAGCUCGCCGCAGCUGAACCCCGCUGCUGAGCAGCUAGCCGAGGCAGUUCGUGCCCAACCGCUCUUCGCCGUCUACGACGCGCAAAAACGAGAAGCUCCCGCUCCGCCUCCACUUCCGCCGGCAGGCUAUCUCACGAAGUCGCUGCCCCGUGUGAAGGCGGUGCGCCAGUCGCGCAUUCCACCGAUCGUUCCGAAACACAAACAACCGGAAGCAGUGGUCGUGCCGGGGGUCGAAUAUCUGCCUAACCUCGUACCAAGUAAAUUUUUGCGCCAGUCGCUGCAAAACACGCAACUGUUCCAUAAGUGA